AACGCAGCAGCAUGCAAGAGCUUCAACCAUCAUUUGAGCGAUUUGAAACGGCUCAGCUCUCAAGUUUAUACUCUGCAAUGCCGAGCAGCAAGACAAUAAUGCUUGAUUCACAGGGCUCUGUGAAUGAGACCACAUGCGUAACAAGCUUCACCUAUCGAUCAACCCUACUUCCAUUCUUCUACUCCAUCUGUGUGCUGCUUGGACUUACUCUCAACACGUUCGUGUUUUGGAGCCUUUUCUUCAAGGAUAAGAAAUGGAACCCGAGCUCACUCUACAUGCUCAACCUGGCCACGACCGACUUCUUCUUUGCCGUGUCCCUAAUUCUCAUGAUCUACAGCUUCAUCGUUAACAACAGCUGGGUGUUUGGAGACACGAUGUGCCGUCUCGUAAGGUUCAUGUUCUCCUUCAACAUGUACGGCAGCAUCUUGUUCCUGACCGCCAUAAGCCUGUACCGCUACCUCGGCAUCUGUCAUCCCAUCGCCUCUCGGCAAUGGCAGACGCUCAGAGUGGCCGCGGUCCUCUGUGUGAUCGUGUGGGCCAUCACUCUGACAGAAACGCUGCCCUUUAUUCAUUUUGCAGGGACCUACAGCGAUGUCAACACCAACCUGACCAGGUGUUACAGUCUCGUCAUAUUUGACUCGACCGUCACGGCGUACGGCAUUACCAUUAUCAUCUUAGGCUUCAUGGUUCCUUUCUUCAUCAUCAUGGUCUUCAACUGCUGCAUGAUACACGCACUAAGGAAAUCUAUGUCUGGCGCCAUCGCCACGCAGGAGGAGACCAGGUUUCAACGGAGCAGGGCGGUCCGCACCAUCUCGCUGGUAUCCAUCAUCUUCACCAUCUGCCACUUGCCAUACCACGUCAAUAAGAUCGUCUUCUGGGGAUUCACGAUCUGCGGGAACGAGAAAAUCCAUGACAUCAUGAUGUGCCUGGCGAGCUUCAACUGCUGCUUCAAUCCAGCGCUCUACCUCGUGAACAGGGCUCACUCUCAGGCGCACAGUGACUCGCGUGAGCGACGAGACACCAAGCCUGAGACAUUCAGGCCAGGUGAAAGGGUCCCCCCCUCGCUCGAAGCACCAUCUGCAAUGAGAUAA